CUCCGUGUGUGUAUAUUAAAAAUAUUUUUUUGGAAAUAUGUGCAGUUUGUUAUUUUUUUUUAAGACACCGCUGAUCGUAGCAAUAAGUUGUGGAAAACUAACAAUUAGUAAAAAAAGAAAUAAAAGUACAGUCUAUAAAAAUUGCAGUAGGAUGACGAUCUAAUACCGCCUACGUUCUCAAUUAUACCGUACCCGCUAAAUUAAAUAAUUUGUACUAUCAACAUACGUACAUACACGUAUGCUAAAUAAGUUACGGAAAUACAGACAUUAUUAUUGCCACUUGCAGUACAUGAUUUUACCUUAUAAGUUCUCUGAAAUUUUUUACUAGACGUUUUCUGAUUGAGUUUUACUAGAAUACACUAAAAUCAAGUAAAACAUCUUUAGUAAAAUUUCUCUUACGCCCAUUCAACAAAGGUAGUCAAAUGUUAGAAUGAAACUUUUCAAUCGAGACUUAGCUUAAUAAAUGAACAGAAGGAGUGUAUUGAAUAAUUGUAUAAGAUUUGGUAAACAUUAGGCAAUAUUUAGUGGAUAAGCAUGUCAUUGAAAAAAAAAACUCACAUAAGUCUUCAGACUCUCUACUCAUAGGUGAAACGGUGUCGAGCUAGCUAAUUCGUUAGACGUACAUAUAUCUGUGGAUUUCCCAAUUUUGUUCCUGCGAAAUUAGCCGGAGAGAGAAUUUCCAGUAAUGUUUGUCCUCUAUGUUUCUUCCUUGGGUUAAAAUAGGAUUUGUGUUCUACCUUCUAAACUAAAUGACAGGGAUCGACUUUAUCAGCACUUGAUUACUUUCAGUACUCUACGACUGCAUUACUCUGACACGUUUUUAUUAUGAUGAAGCGGGGAGUACAGUUGUUGCAUAAGUGCAUAAUCUCGUGCAUAGAGAGUUUGAUUUCUCCAUUUCCUUAGGCAUUUGCUGCCUGAACCUAUCAAUUUUGUAAUACAUAUGCUUAUGUGCUCCCCGUUUAGUAUAACCGGGCUUCGCUAGAGGUCUUAUUAGUAUCAUCAAGAUCCAGUGAAGCAGUAGCGUUGUAAAUCCGAGGAGUAGAAUACUAAAUCAACCGUCGCAGUACUGAAUUUCGCUUUAGACCAAUAAGUACUUUAUAAUACUUUGCAAGAGUGUCUUAAAAUAGUGUGCAAGGAAAGAAUACGUAUGAAUAAAUAAUGAAUAAGAGGACUCAUAAUAUGUAUAAGAUUUUUAUUUUAUUCGCGUUGCUGCCGCAUCUAUUUUGUGCUGAGACACCUGGUAGAACUUCGUGUUCGAAAUACUUCAAACAUACAAUCGACCCUGAGACAGGCAAGAUAUUUGGACGGAUCGAAAUUCGCCAUUUUCUGUUAGAAAACGAAAUUUAUUUAAAAGUAGCCUUAAACGCUACCACUCUGAAUGGGUUAUUUCGAUUAGAAUUGGCACGAUCGAUAAAAGAGACCAUUCGAGCUAUUGAACGAGGUAGACCUUUGCUUUAUCAUAUUAAUUUUCCUUCGGACGCAAACUUUCUGAUAUUAUCCGCGAUAUGGUUUAACAAGCGUCAAUAUUGUCUCGGCCCCAGAGGGUCAAAUGGAAAUAUCGUAGCCAAUAUCGAAUUGGGGCAUAUUGUGUACCCUCCGAACAAACCACUGCCGCAGGAUUUUCAGCCGUGGCAUCGAAAUUCGAGUGGCUACCGCAUAAACAAUCCAAAUUACAAAACACACGCUGAAUGCGGUGUUACCAAUUACUACACCGAGGGCACAAAUAGUCUGAUCCCCAAUGGUGCAAUGGCAUUACCAGGUCAGUGGCCGUGGGUAGUUGCACUCUUUCGCACUGUACAAACAGAUUUGGUGACACAACGUUACUUUAAUUGUGGUGGUUCUCUUCUGACAAACAAACAUGUAAUAACAGGUAUGUUAAUCGAGAAAAUUAAAUAUUUUCGUAGUCCAUAUAUUGAACUAACUAUAUGUGCUAGUUUCCAGUCCUACAUAUAUUUUCUGGAACGUUUAUAGUAAAAUUUUAAUUUUUAACCAUUAAUAUUAAAAAGUUGCGAGGGUGGCGC